GAGACUGGUUACAACUGACAUUUCGAGACCCAAAGAAUGGCCACACGGGUACGCCGUAGACCCGGUCAGCAAUUCCAAGUCUUUAUCCUGGUCUAUUGGGGCUAGCUGAGGAGACCGGAGACACAUUCCGAUUUUAUCGCGAGAAAAAAUGGGAACGAAGGACUAGGACAGGAGGCAGCAAUAUUCAUAUUUCAGGAACAACAACAACCGUUAUAAAAUGAUGAUUAUAAUGUAACUAAAUGAUAAUCCAGUUAUAACGCAAUCGAUGGAUUGAAAAUACUGGAUUCUGAAAUACAGGCUGUGAUCAUGUCAUCUCUUGGAUGUUAAUGAAGAGGAGGCGCACCUUUUCUGUUAUACAUAUUUACCCUUGUCCUCCCUUUCUCCUUCCCACUUGCAUUUUCUAAUGUUCAAGACAUAAGAUUUUGUGACUGUAUGAAAAUAUGUAGCUCAGAGUUUAGUACUACUUUUAUAUUUGUAGUCCCUUUUUUCCACCAGCACUCAUGGGUGUUUGGUGCACAAGCCUUUAUUUCUGUAGAUUUUAAAUGCGUCAGAGGUUACUCUGUGCCAAGCCUACUGGAUUUCAGGAGUUCACUCCUAUUUUUUAAUUAGUUGACCGAUGUGUUUAUCCCUGUUUUCCCUUACCCAGGCGUGCAAUUACUCCUGGUUCCCUUUCUAACCCCUCCGUGGUCAAUCAUCAGCCUCUUAGCUAGCUAAACACAGGUACUAUCUAUCUAGGAGAAUGAACGGCUCUCUUUUGACCCCACCUAGCCCACGGCCAGCAAACUCAUCUCCCUUGCCCCCCUACCCCUCUCCUCCAUCUCCCUCCUUGCUGCCUCUCUCUCUACGGCCACCGCAACUACCUCUUCUUGUCACCUCCCCAACCCAGCCUCAUCCCUCCUCCCUGUCGGACACACCCACACCAUCCCCCUCACCCUGUUUAAGCUGGACAGAGUUCUGUGAACUGCACGCCCGUGUUGCAGCCGGGGACUUUGCCCGCCACUUCCGGGCUUUUCUGUUGGAGAACCCACACUACUCCCCAGAUUCUGCUGCAGCCUUCUGCCGCCGAUUCACUGACCGCUUCAUCCGCCACUUCCAGAGUGAGCUUGAGGGAAUGGUGCCUCCAAGUACUGCCACUGACAGAGAAGAUACAGGGAGCUGGGCCCCCCAGUCUGAUGCCACUUCAUUGGAAGAGGAUGCUGCCUCGCCACCACCGGUGUCUGAGGGAGUAAUUCUCCCCACUGCUCCCAUCAACCCAGUGCAAGCCCCGCCCAAGCACACGCCCACCCGUCUGGUGUUGGAGUACCGAGAAGGGGACAGGUUUCAAGACUCUUACGCUCACACACAGAUCCUCCCCCCUUCCUCCUCCUCCUCCUGCUCCUCCUCAGUGGGAGGGCAUAAUGGAAGGCUGAAUGACAGGGGCGCCACAGUCAGGUCCUUCCCUGCCGUAGUCCCAGGCAACGGAGAGGCAAGGGCUGAGGAGGAGGGAGACAGCUGGGUGGGGGUAGUGGCUGUUGGGGAAGAGGCAGAGAUAGUGGAUGGUGAGUUGGAGCCAACAGAGGCUUGCUUGGACAAUACAGACCAUCCUCUCCAAACUGCCACAUCCACCACCAUGGCUCCUCCUCAAGGCUCGGGUUCCAGGAGCACCUGCGCACCCUCGUCAGGGGGAGGCAACCCCUCCAAAACCAAACUCAAGAAGCGCUUCUCAUUACGGAGUGUGGGGCGCAGUGUGCGAGGCAGUGUUAGGGGUAUCCUGCACUGGCGUAGCUCAUCUAGUGACUCACCUCAAAGUCAGUCUCCACUGCCAUCAAGCUACAGCUACACUAUGGGCGUGCAGGAUGCUGCCAAGAGGAACUCUGGUACUCAGCCCCCAAUGCCAACCUCAUCCAUGCCUGUGUCUCUGUCGUUACCACUCUCCCUCCCCCACUCCUCAUCCUCCUCCCUUCCUCCCUCAUCCUCCAGCAGCGCCACCUCCCUUUCUCUGUCCGAAGCAGCACGUGACCGGCGCAGGAGCAAUGGUGAGGGAGGUGGGGAUAAAGAGAAGUGGAGCCUCCGGCUGGACAAGCUGCGACUGUCGCGCUCGCCGCCCCCAGUCCUAUCGUCCGCCCCAGCAUCUGCUGUGGUUUCACCCACGUCCUCCCUGCCUCCCAGUAGUGCUGUCGCCUCUGCCGGACAUCCAAGGAAAGCUGGCCGCCUGGUACGGGAAGGCGGUGUGACUGUCUGCUCAUCUAUGGAUGAGUUCGCUGGGAGCCACACCUUCUCAGGGUUCUCCUUCGGCUUGCUCCACCACAGCACGGACAGUAACAACGCUGUCUCCACCGUUGGGCCUCCACAGCAGACGCUUGCCACCGGGGGCACUAUGAGCUGGAGGGGCGGCCGCUGGCACAAGUGUCGGCUGGUCCUCAGAGAAAGAGACAAAGAUGGUGGGGAGCGGGGAGAGGAGUACUACCUGGAGUUCUUCAUUCCACCAAAAUCCUCCAAGCCCAGGCUGACAGUCCAAUGCUGCUCCAUGGUAGACGUGAGAAGCACCACUGCUCUGGAGGUGCCUGACAAGGAGAACACCUUUCUCCUACAGUUGGAAGGGCCGGCGCAGUACGUGAUUGAGACGCGAGAUGCUGUUCAGAUGAGGGCAUGGCUGAGUGACAUCAGGAACGGCAUCUGCCUGAGUGAACAGGAUGAAGGUGUAUGGGGGGGGCAGAUGGACAUCAGUGCAACGCCUGAGUUUGGGGACCGCCUCUCCCAAGUGUGUUACGGAGGUGUCGGUGGCUCCUCCCCCUUGAAGGACCCUCUCCCACCAGAGUUACCGCCCCGAGCCCCUCUCGAUGAAUCAGAGAGCCGCGGUGGCGGGGCAAGUCUAGGUACACCUUUUGCAGAGACACCAGAUGCCACAGGCUCCUUCCUGUUCUCCGACGAGGCUGUGGCCGAGGCCGUGGAGCACCCUCUGAGUGAGUGCCAGUGGUUCCACGGUACACUGUCUCGCCUCAAGGCAGCGCAGCUGGUGCUGGCAGGGGGCACGGCUAGCCACGGUGUGUUCCUGGUGCGACAGAGCGAGACACGGCGCGGUGAAUACGUGCUCACCUUCAACUUCCAGGGCAAAGCCAAGCACCUGCGACUGUCCCUGAAUGAGGACGGCCAGUGUCGUGUGCAGCACCUGUGGUUCCAGUCCAUUUUUGACAUGCUGGAGCACUUCCGCGUACACCCCAUCCCCCUGGAGUCUGGGGGUGCCUCCGACGUCACACUCAUCAGCUUUGUGGGUGCCACCGCUGUCAGGCAACCAGGCCGGGACAGGGCAGGCAGCCGGCCCACAGUCUGUGAUGUCAUCACCACGCGCCACCCUGACUCUCCAUCAACCCCCAUCUCUGACUGUGUACUUGACCAGCAGACCCCGUAGCCCUCCUCAGCUUCCUCCUCCACCCCUGCCUCCCGGUCGGCCCCCACCCCCCACACCACCUCAGGAGCGAGGGAGUGACACAGAGCUAGGAGCUGGUGGAGC